GAUCAGCUUCUCGUUCGCCAGCUAGUUCUCACUGGGCUUGUCUGUUUCAAAACUGCCUAUUUUGCAUUAGUAUAGGCCGAUGGAUAUAGCUGUCGAGAAUGUCAUGACUCCUAGCCCGUGUCCCUCCCACAAAGAGGACUUUGGAACCUACGUGCUUAUGAUUCAGCACCUGAUUGAGAAGUGUCUCGUUCUUGAACUAAGCCAAGCUGAAUGCAUUGCGAGUCUCGCCAGAAGUGCUAGAAUCAAGCCGGCCAUAACCCUUGCUGUGUGGAAUGCUCUCGAGAAAGAAAAUCCGGUGUUUUUCCGAGACUACAACCAGAAGCCUCUUUCUCCAGCAUCAAGAAUGGCGAAUCGUCAGAGGAGGGUCGCUGCUGAAGAGGAGUGCGCUGGGAAAAUACUGAAAUGUCUUGAACUGUGGCGGAUCUCCUGAUUCUGUAAUCGACGACGAGGGAAGCUGCUUCGAGACUGUCGCCUGGGAUACGACGUUGUUUACGGAAUGACAACAGCUAACGUAACAGCCGAUACAGCGUUGAGAUUGUUGGUCUUCAGACAGCAUGGGCUUCGCCAGACUCCGUCGUUGUACAUACCAUUCUUGGAUGUCGGCGUAGCACAGGCUCCUGGGACGAAAUUGAGGUGCUCCCACGACGUAGCCUGGGUCUAUUGUGUUUCUUUUGCGUUGUGUGUGCGCCUUAGUCGUGUGCAUAGUUAUAGGCUACAGCUCAUUUGAUUGGGCAAACAGUGUGUAUCGGUUAGAACCACUGUGAAGUGUGCAUAGAAAGUAUUGUGUCCAUUAGCUGUUCCGUUUUGGUGUGCAAAGUAUUCACCUUUUGGUGUCCCACUUU